AUGGCUUGUCUAGCCGAAGCGGAUGCGGACAACCGAGAGCUAUGUAUUGUCAUGCCGCAUGGAAAACCACUUGCGGGAAUAGCGUGUUUUCUCUUGCGCCAUGACCGGUAUGAAGCCCACGUCUUGCUAUCGUCGCUAAGAGGGUUGGCUUUUAUGGCCGAGUCUCCAGCGCAGGAGCGUCUGUGCUGUCAUCGCAUACCGGGCAGCUCGCAAUUGUCGGGACACGACAUGCUCUUUCCCAAAAGCUUCAUCCAGGGUGUCACACUCCUCCUCAACCGGCUCAGCGCUGGUCACCUCAUGAAUUUUACUUGGAGCUACUCAUGGCUGCCCAAAGGGAUCCUGGAUUUGGAGGGCUACAUCCCGCAAUCGCAGCCCCAGCUCUCGUCGCUUGCGCUCUAUACAAGAGGCGCAAAUGACCGAGUCGAUGGUGGUUGUAUCAUUUCCAAAGACAUCAAUGUCGAUGGGCUUGUCAAACUCCGCCACCUCAGAACUCUGCUUGCUUGGCAUCUGGACCACGAUUCGACAGCCAUGAUGGAACGAGAACUAGAUCUCAUCCGCGAAAUUGGAUGGCACCGCGGCCGAAAUCGUCUGUACCGGGCACACUAUCGUCUUUUCAAGGAGCUCCAGGAAAUGAUUCGCACUGGCAUAAACGAUUUGUUGACUCUUUACUGUGGCGAGAUGGCUGCCCUCGGUGGAAUCCAAGGGCUUCUCGACCUCUACUGUUCGCAAUCGUUUCUCCCUUUCCAGGAAACGAUCGAGCUGUUGUGCCUAUUCUACCUGGAUCCGAGACUAGAUGUAGAGAAAUGUGAAAGUAUCCUGAAUUGCGGCUCCCAGCCGCUACCCUCGAGGAAUCAACUCCUUGCGCUACUAAGACUCCACUGUUCUCAGCCAUUGCCUACCACUGGCGAUGUUCCUGAGUUGUUGAAGCGUCUUGCCAGCCCCGAUCCUGCAUUGGCACUGGUGGAGCGGACUUUGGUCCGAUACUGCUCGGAGCGGGUUCCAUCCUUGUCGGAUGCGGUCAAGUUGCUAAACCUGUUUUAUUCGCAGCCCGGCCUUUCGUUGAGCCAGGCGGAAGAGCAUCUCAGCCGGUUCAGUUCGCAGCCCUCCCCACCCUUGAAGUCAAUCAUCGAGAGCUUAACUCAAUUCAAGUCACAGCAACAGUUUGUCUCAGUAGCAGACGUUGCCGUUGGAAUGCAGCAGCGGACGGAUGCGUUGGCAGGGCGGGCGCGCGAGGCGGAAGAUGCUUGGAAAGAGCUACUCCAAAACACUCAAUAUCACCAAUGA